GUGCUCUUCGGAUCUACUAAAGCCUGGUCUGUGCCCCAGGGAGCUUCCAGGCCAACUCUAAGACCAGGUGCAGCCCGUGGGUGUAACAAGCCGAUGGGGGCAGGAGCAGGAGGGAAGGCAAAGGUGAUGGCGGAUCACUUAGUGCUUGGGUCCAAGGAGCGGCCAGCUCCUGGUGGAGUCCCGUGAAGUCUUUCUUUAUCAUCCCAGGGAGGCUGGUGGAGCAGGGCCAGAGGGGGGUAUCGCCCCGGCUGAGGCCCCAGGUGGAGGGGGGCCGGGGAGGACAGGGGGCUGUGGGGUCUAGUACCAGAAGGGCGAUGAGAUCCCCGACUUGCUGCUUUUCCAGUCCAUCCCUUCAGCAUCUUUGUCCUCUCGCCUUUGGCCACAGGGUGGCUCCAUGCAUCAGCUCUGCCAGGCCUGAUUCCAUCUUCCCUCGCAAUUUGGGAACCAGGAGCUCUAAAUGAUGAGCAGCCUUGCCAAGAUGCAACCCAUGGCAUGAGGAGCGAGGCCCUGUGGGGGGGGCUCACGGUGAGGGGGACAUCAGCUGCACUGACCCCAGCCGUGGGGAGAGGGUUCUGGGUGCCAUUCCCUGGCCAGUUUGGGCAGGAGGGGCUCUUCUUCCGCCUCUUCUACCCCUGCCUGCCCCAGGAGGGCGUGGAGCAGCCGCUCUGGAUCCCGCGCUAUGAGUACUGCCGCGGGCUGGCUGACUACGCCAACCUCCACUGGAAGUGGUGCACCCCGCUGCUCAGUGUCGCCUUUGGCUCUUUCAGGGUCCCAGUCAGCUGGAACGGGCCUUUUAAGCCAUGCAGCAGCAAGUACCCACUGAUCAUCUUUUCCCAUGGCCUGGGCGCCUUUCGGACAGUGUACUCGGCACUCUGCGCAGAGCUGGCCUCCCGCGGCUUCCUGGUGGCUGCGCUGGAACACAGAGACCACUCGGCCUGCGCCACCUACUUCUGCAAGGCUGGGGAUGGGGAGCCCGGUGCCCCCGAGGCCGUACUGCAGGAGGAGUGGGUGCUGCUGCACCGCGUCCCCGCUGGGCGGAAGGAGUUCCACUUCCGCAACCCACAGGUUCACCAGCGAGCGAACGAGUGCGUGCGAGGGCUCCGGCUCUUCCAGGACAUCGACCACGGCCAGGCUGUCACCAACAUCCUGCACAGUGACUUUGAUCUGGCUGCACUGAAGGACAGCGUGGACAUGACUCGAGCUGCUGUCAUGGGCCAUUCGUUUGGAGGAGCCACCGCCGUGCUGGCCUUGGCCAAGGAGCCCGCUUUUAAGUGCGCAGUGGCCCUCGAUGCCUGGAUGUUCCCCCUAGAGAACGCGCUGUACCCGAAGGUGGUCAAGCCAGUGCUGUUCAUCAACACCGAGACCUUCCAGACGGCCGAGAGCAUCGCCAAAAUGAAGCAGCUCAGCUCCCGCAACAGCCAGACCAAGAUCAUCACCUUGCUCGGCUCAGUGCACCAGAGUCAGACCGACUUCACUUUCCUGGCUGGGAACCUCGUCAACACAGUCUUCCAGACCAGAGGCCCCCUGGACCCCUACAAGGGCCUAGCCAUCACCAGCAGGGCAGCGCUGGCUUUCCUGCAGAAACACCUCGAGCUGAAGGAAGACUUUGAUCAGUGGAACGACCUCCUGGAUGGCAUCGGGGACUCCGUCAUCCCCGAGGCUCCCCUCUGCCUGUCCAACCUCUAGGGAUGCUGCCCCUCGGCGCGGCCAUGCAGUCGUCAAGCCGUCAAGGUUCCAGGGAACUCGGAGCACCCCCUUGGAGACCAGCCGUUUCCCGUCACUGCCAGCACAAGGAGGCCACGAACUUGGUAGCUGCUGGUGCAAGCCAGAGACCCAAAGACCUCGGCUAUUAGGGAGUCCUGAUGGAUGCUGAAGGCCAGGGGUGCUGGGCUUGGGUUGGCCUGGGAAGGUAGAGCCUGGGCACCUCCCGGAGAUCAGGCCGGAGGCUUGCGGUGGCCACAACGCACUGCAGAGCCCA